AUGCCUUUAACGGCGCGGUUGUUGUCAAUUUUGGUCUUAGUUUUGACAGCUCACGAAAUCUCGGGGAAUAAUUUUGUUAUUCAUAGGAAAAGACCCAAUGGUGGCCAGCUCAUCUUUAAGCGUAGUAAAGACUCUUUUACUAUUCCGUUUUCGUUAUGCAACAGAACUUAUAUCACAGGUGAAGAGUGUGAACGGUACAAUGCGACAGCUAGUGGCGAAGAAUGCUCAUGUUCUUGUCCGUUGGACAGGGCAUCGUUUGCUCACUUGAACAAUGAGUGGAAGUGCCAAGAAAAUAGCAAUGUUAGGGACCUUCAAGGUAAGAAAUAACUUUACAAGUUGUAAGCAAUGUUUAAAGAACCAGAAGAACUAGUGUUUCUGCUCAUUCUACCACUUAAAACAAAGUUAAACACAUAUAUUGGCGGUGACUUUGAUGUAAUUCACUUGAAUUGACUUGUUUGUCUAUACAUAGUUUAUAUAAACAAUUAACUAUAAAAUUUCUAAAAAAUCAUUAUAUGAUGAUAACAGUUAUUAAUAAUAAACAUCACGAAUCAAGCGAGAUGAGAGAGUAAUGACAGGUUUUAGGAACAGAAGACGGAAGGAAAAUCAGCUCUUUGAUCACCUCUAAAAAGCUAAGCAACCGAUGGUGUUUUUUUUUAGAUUAACAGCGUGGCUUAAUUCUGUCGAUUUUUUUUCUUUUCUUAAAACAUAGCCAGUCUUAACUUGUUAUGACAGUUUCGAUGACUGUCAGCCAUCUUUAUCAAAACUUGAAAAACAUUAAAAGAAGGUGUUAAUUCUAAAACUUCAAUACCCUGAUUAGCUGCACAUAGGGGAUGAUCUGAAAAUAUGAUGCUCUCGUUCGAUCUCCCAACAGUUAUAUUCUCCCUGCUUUCCCUAAAUCAAAUGCCAAGUCCUCGACAUAAAUGGCUCUGGCUCUCUAUUAAGAUUCUAUUGUGUGACGGUAUUCAAGUUCACAUAAAAAUAAUUUGACUGUUAACUUCAGUACUGAAAACAAAACUAAAGAAUGGUGACAAAUUUGUUUUAACAUUCCUAGACUGCGGCAACGUUCCAGUCUUCGUUUUCGAAAACCCAAGGGGAACGCUUUAUACUUUGAAGAUAUCGGAUGCAGUUUUAAUGGAACGCCUUCCCUAUGAGUUCACAAGUUGUGAAGUCUACCUCAAUUCUUCGUGGUUCCUUGGAUGUAAUGGGGUGCGGCUUCAGCAGAAUCAGUAUAUCAGGAAAAUGAAAGAACUGUUCACAUUUUUUCGCGCGCCACCUAUAUUGCCUCGUACCUUUUUCCUACAGGUCAGCGUUACAAUUCUAGAGGCGCUAAUGCUAAUUUUUCAAAUACUGUUUAUGGCGAUUGAUUGUUCGCCUGAUUUUUUUUUUUUCAGAAAACGGAAAAGGAAA